GCGCCCCGGACCGGCCCCCCCUUUCCCCUCCCCCUUCGCGCCGCCGCUGCCGCGAUGCCCCCCCCUGCGCCCGGGGCCCGGCUCCGGCUUCUCGCCGCCGCCGCCCUGGCCGGCCUGGCCGUCAUCAGCCGAGGGCUGCUGUCCCAGAGCCUGGAGUUCAGCUCUCCCGCGGACAACUACACGGUGUGCGAAGGUGACAACGCCACCCUCAGCUGCUUCAUCGACGAGCACGUGACCCGUGUGGCCUGGCUGAACCGCUCCAACAUCCUGUACGCUGGCAAUGACCGCUGGACCAGUGACCCGCGGGUGCGGCUGCUCAUCAACACGCCCGAGGAGUUCUCCAUUCUCAUCACCCAGGUGGGGCUCGGCGACGAGGGCCUCUACACCUGCUCCUUCCAGACCCGCCACCAGCCAUACACCACUCAGGUCUACCUCAUCGUCCACGUCCCCGCCCGCAUCGUGAACAUCUCCUCGCCCGUGACGGUGAACGAGGGAGGCAAUGUGAACCUGCUUUGCCUGGCCGUGGGACGGCCGGAGCCCACAGUGACCUGGAGGCAGCUCCGAGACGGCUUCACCUCAGAGGGCGAGAUCCUGGAGAUUUCCGACAUCCAGCGGGGCCAGGCCGGCGAAUAUGAGUGCGUGACUCACAACGGCGUUAACUCUGCGCCAGACAGCCGCCGUGUGCUGGUCACAGUCAACUAUCCUCCGACCAUCACGGACGUGACCAGCGCCCGCACAGCCCUGGGCCGGGCCGCCCUCCUGCGCUGCGAAGCUAUGGCGGUGCCCCCCGCGGACUUCCAGUGGUACAAGGAUGACAGACUGCUGGUCAGCGGCACAGCCGAGGGCCUGAAGGUGCAGACGGAGCGCACCCGCUCGAUGCUUCUCUUCGCCAACGUGAGCGCCCGGCAUUACGGCAACUACACGUGUCGCGCCGCCAACCGGCUGGGAGCGUCCAGCGCUUCUAUGAGGCUCCUGCGCCCAGGAUCCCUGGAGAACUCAGCCCCAAGGCCCCCGGGGCCCCUGACCCUCCUCUCCGCCCUGGGCUGGCUGUGGUGGAGGAUGUAGGAAGAACCCAGCGCAGCUCGCCUCCCCCCUGCGAGGGGCCUGAGGCCGAGAGCGAGAGAAAAAGGGAGAGCCAGCGCCGUGGGUCUCGAGGGGGCGGAAGAGCUCUCUGCCACCAAGGAGGAAGAAGAGAGGAGGAGGAGGAGGAGGAGGAGGAGGAGGAAAGCUCUUUAGAGAACCCAUCACUGUGAGGGAUAACGCAAAAUUAUGCAUCUUUCUACAGCCAUUUUCGCCACCGUUCACGUUUCCGAUUGCGACCCACCCCCGGCCACCCCACACCCCUCUCUUAGCUCAGGCUGUCAACUGGACCGUGUGUAUGUAGUGGGUGUGUGUGAGCAUGAGCCUGCACGUGUGUGUAUGUGUGGGGGGAGGGGCUCAGCAAUCUUCCCUCCCCUAACACCCCCAUGCCCACUGCCCCCCAGUGCUGCUGCCUCUCUCCUCUGGCUGGAGGUAGGUAUGUGGGCUUCGCGGCUGGAGCUGUGAGGGGAGGUUUUCCAGGCCCCCUGCUUCCCCAGUGUAUGCACGCACCCCACCCCUUCCCCUCCCUGUUAAAAGAGCGUCUCCUGGGCAGGUUGGGGGUGGGGAGGGGUGUCUCGCUCGCCUGUCAAGCUAUCAUUCAGCCUCUGUGAGCAGGUGAGCGAUCUCCAUCUUGGCCCGGGGCCUCAUUGCUGUCAACCACCAGCUGCCUGUAGCCAGAGGCCCCAUCGCUGGCUCAGCAGCCUGAGACCUUCCCACUUUCCCUGCCCCCCACCCCGACUUUCUGGCCCCCUCUGGGCCAAUCGGUGCUUCCAUCCAACUGUCAGACCGGUGCCUGUGGCCACCUGUCUGUCUCAGUGCUUUGCCCUCCCCGACCCCCGACUCCCCUUGGCCGCCCGCAGCACCAACCAGCUGCCCUCAGUGCCCCCGCAGCUUCCCACGGGUGUGGGCUUGCUGGUCCCCCACUCACCCACUCCCUGGCCUGUCUCCCAAAGGCUGACUUGACCGCCCUCACACACACUCACAUAGACACACACACACAUACCAGCGACCGUGGCCGGCAAUCGGCCCCCCGGCUCCGGCUGCACUGCAGCUGGUGACUGGCUGUGUUCCCCCCGAGGGUGGGCAACUUGUCAGGAGGGCGUGCUGAGAGGCUGUAACCCCAGCUCUGAGGUGGGAAGACACGAUCUUGGCACACAUCACACAAAGUGGGGGAGAGAGAGGCGUCACACAGGCAUCCCCAGUCCAGUCCAAGAUGUCAAGUCUCCAACUCCGAUUCCUGGGGGACCCGCUAUAAACACUCGCCCCAAACCACACUACCCAGAGCUUGGUGGGGGGGGGGGAGUUCAGAGCAGGGGCAGGGGGGCAAGGGGCAGUGACUGUACCUCAGACGGGGGCGUGGGCCCCAUCCCACAUUGUCUUCCAUUCCCAGGGUCCAGGGGAUGGGGAGGGGAGGGGGAGGGAUGCAAGGGAGGGGGCGGGGGGCCCUGGGGGCCGUGUGUUCCGAUUCAUGGGGAGUGUUGAGACCACCACACCAAUAAACGCCUUUUUCCAAA